AUGACAUUCAACGACAUCAAAGCCCUUGUCCAUGGCGAUACCAACAUACCCCCUGCCUCACAGCACUUCUAUUAUAAUACUAGAGUUAUCACCGACAACUCCCAGACUUUGGAACAGCUGAACAUCCACGAAGGUGAUAUGCUAGGCAUGGCUGUCCAAGACUCCUCCGGUAUCGCGCGAAGAAGAACCCAACAGGACGCUUCAAGCCAGCAAGCAGCACGACCUCCUCAUCCUCAACGGGAUGAGGGUCGAGAUGUAGAAAGACUAAGACUACACAUUGUUGGGGAUCCACGAAUGCUGGAAGAAGUGCGCCGAGAAGACCCUGAGCUCGCCAACGCGGCAAACAACAAAGACCAGUUCCAUGCCCUUUGGGAUCGUAAGCAACGCCAGCUUGCUCAAAUCCAGGCAGAAAAGGAAGCCGAGCUCGCCCUCCUCAACGCUGACCCCUUCAACCUGGAAGCGCAAGCCAAAAUCGAAGAAAUGAUUAGACAAGAGCGCGUCGCCGAAAACGUCCAGAAAGCGCUAGAAGACAACCCAGAAUCCUUCGGCCGGGUAAUAAUGCUCUACAUCGACGUAGUGGUAAACAACGUACCCAUCAAAGCCUUCGUCGAUUCCGGCGCCCAAACAACCAUCAUGUCCCCAUCUGCCGCGCAAAAUUGCGGCAUCAUGCGCCUCAUCGACCGCAGGUACGGCGGUAUCGCGCGAGGUGUUGGCACAGCCGAGAUCCUGGGCCGCGUCCACAGCGCCGAGAUUCAGAUCGGAUCGUAUUCGCUGCAGUCGAGCUUCACGGUCAUGGAGGGCAAGGACGUGGAUUUACUGCUUGGCCUGGACAUGCUGAAGAGACAUCAGAUGUGCAUUGACCUGAAAGAGAAUGCCUUGAGGGUUCAGGACGAGAAGAUCCCUUUCUUGCCAGAAAACGAGAUCCCGAAACAGCUCGAAGAGCACAUGUUGGAGGACGAGCCGAAGAUCGAAGGCCCCGGUGGGACGAAGGUGGGAGCUAGGACCGGGACGGUGGAACAGCAUGGCCAGUGCGUCGUCAAGUCAGGCGGCAACGGCGGGGGCGGCCUCGAGGAACGUGAGUGCAGAGUCAAUAGCCAAGAUCACAAAUCUGGGCUUCACAAGGGAAGAAGCUAUCCAGGCAUUGCAGCAAGUGGGCGGUGA